ACUAGUUCCAGCGACGGUGUGCGCCGCGCGGAGUGAUACGGGGCCGCACAACUGCGGAGCGUGUGUAUAAAGAUUCCGGUCUAUUAAAAGGAAGUCCCUUUCCAUUUCCCUGCGUCAGAGAGCAGAAGGGGACUGUACUUUGGUCGCAUUUUAAUUCAAGAAAAAGUCACCGAAAUAAGCAAAGAUGCCUGAAGAAAUGCACCAAGAGGAGGAGGCUGAGACCUUUGCCUUCCAGGCAGAGAUCGCUCAGCUGAUGUCCCUGAUCAUCAACACUUUCUACUCUAACAAGGAGAUCUUCCUCAGGGAAUUGAUCUCCAACGCUUCUGAUGCUUUGGAUAAAAUCCGCUAUGAAAGCCUGACUGAGCCCACCAAGCUUGAUAGUGGCAAAGAUCUGAAAAUCGAGAUCAUCCCCAACAAAGAGGAACGCACCCUGACCCUCAUCGACACUGGAAUCGGCAUGACCAAGGCCGACCUGAUCAACAACCUGGGAACCAUCGCCAAGUCUGGCACCAAGGCCUUCAUGGAGGCCCUGCAGGCUGGAGCUGACAUCUCCAUGAUCGGUCAGUUUGGCGUGGGUUUCUACUCCGCCUACCUCGUUGCCGAAAGGGUGACUGUCAUCACCAAACACAACGAUGAUGAGCAGUACGCAUGGGAGUCCUCUGCCGGAGGGUCCUUCACAGUCAAGGUUGACAGCGGCGAGCCUAUGGGCCGUGGAACAAGGAUCAUCCUGCACCUGAAGGAGGACCAGCUGGAGUACAUUGAGGAGAAGAGAGUCAAGGAGAUUGUCAAGAAGCACUCGCAGUUCAUCGGCUACCCCAUCACCCUGUUUGUGGAGAAGGAGCGCGACAAGGAGAUCAGUGACGACGAGGCAGAGGAGGAGGAGAAGGAGGAAAAGGCGGAGAAGGAGGAGAAAGAAGAGGGUGAGGACAAGCCAAAGAUCGAGGAUGUGGGCUCGGACGACGAGGAAGACUCCAAAGACAAGGACAAGAAGAAGAAGAAGAAGAUCAAGGAGAAGUACAUCGACCAGGAGGAGCUGAACAAGACCAAGCCCAUCUGGACCAGGAACCCCGACGACAUCACAAACGAGGAGUACGGCGAGUUCUACAAGAGUCUGACCAACGACUGGGAGGAUCACCUGGCUGUCAAGCACUUCUCUGUGGAGGGCCAGCUCGAGUUCCGUGCUCUCCUCUUCAUCCCCCGCCGCGCUCCCUUCGACCUCUUUGAGAACAAGAAGAAGAAGAACAACAUCAAGCUGUACGUCAGGAGGGUCUUCAUCAUGGACAACUGUGAGGAGCUCAUCCCAGAGUACCUGAACUUUGUCCGUGGUGUGGUUGACUCCGAGGAUCUGCCCCUCAACAUCUCCAGAGAAAUGCUGCAGCAGAGCAAGAUCCUCAAGGUCAUUCGCAAGAACAUCGUCAAGAAGUGUCUGGAGCUCUUUGGCGAGCUGGCUGAAGACAAGGAGAACUACAAGAAGUUCUACGAGGGUUUCUCCAAGAACAUCAAGCUCGGUAUCCACGAGGACUCCCAAAACCGUAAGAAGCUCUCCGAGCUGCUGCGUUACCAAAGCUCCCAGUCUGGCGACGAGACGACCUCCCUCACAGAAUACCUGUCCCGCAUGAAGGAAAACCAGAAGUCCAUCUACUACAUCACCGGUGAAAGCAAGGAUCAGGUGGCCAACUCGGCCUUCGUGGAGCGCGUCCGCAAGCGCGGCUUCGAGGUCCUGUACAUGACGGAGCCCAUCGACGAGUACUGCGUCCAGCAGCUGAAGGAGUUCGACGGUAAGAGCCUGGUGUCGGUCACCAAGGAGGGCCUGGAGCUGCCCGAGGACGAGGAGGAGAAGAAGAAGAUGGAGGAGGACAAGGCCAAGUUCGAGAGCCUCUGCAAGCUCAUGAAGGAGAUCCUGGACAAAAAAGUGGAGAAGGUGACGGUGUCCAACAGACUGGUGUCCUCGCCCUGCUGCAUCGUGACGAGUACUUACGGCUGGACGGCUAACAUGGAGCGCAUCAUGAAGGCCCAGGCGCUCAGGGACAACUCCACCAUGGGUUACAUGAUGGCCAAGAAGCACCUGGAGAUCAACCCCGACCACCCCAUCGUGGAAACGCUCCGGCAGAAGGCCGACGCCGACAAGAACGACAAGGCGGUGAAGGACCUGGUCAUCCUGCUGUUCGAGACCGCCCUGCUAUCCUCGGGCUUCUCCCUGGACGACCCUCAGACCCACUCCAACCGCAUCUACAGAAUGAUCAAACUCGGACUGGGUAUCGAUGAUGACGACGUUCCCGUGGAGGAGACCACUUCCGCAGCCGUCCCAGACGAGAUCCCUCCCCUAGAAGGCGAAGGAGAGGAUGACGCUUCACGCAUGGAAGAAGUUGAUUAAAUCGACCGGCCCCUGCUCCCAGAUUUUUAACACUUUAGCCUCACUUUUCAAUUGUUCAUUCCUUAAAAAAAAAACGGCAGUAAAUUGCAAAACAAAUAGUCAUUCAUGUUUGUGUGGUGGACCAGUGUUGCUCUUGCGUCCGGAGCAUUUACUCUGCAAACGCCCCCCCCUUUUAAGAAAAGCGAUUUUUGGUUCUUGCUGUAAUAAGUUCAUGGUGACAGCACAUUUGUUCAUCAAAGUACCCUGUUGCACUGAGUUUUAAAUGUCCGAGUGGUAAACAUGUGAACACGGGAAUGGUACAUUCCAGUAUCGGGUCUGGAGGGUUCGGGGAGGUUCUGCUCAUGUGCAACACUGCACGCUGCAUGGAGAGAGGACUGUAUGAUUCCUUUUGCCUGAGUCCAGGCUUGUCUGUAUUCCAAGUCGUCUUUGUUUUGCAAAAAAUUAAAAGAUGUAAUACCUUA